AUGACAGGCUAUGAAAUGGGUCACUUGGAGGUACCCCAGCAACACCAACAACACACCGCACCACCACAACCACAACCACAUCACCGAUCGGGAUCCCAUUCGCCAUGGGACUCAGUGGAGGAUCUUCCAGAACCAGUACUGCCAUGGAUGAAAACAGAAUCUCGUCAAUCGUUUGGAGGCUCAUCAAGAAACUCUGUGGACUCGAAUAGUCUUCAUGUUAUCAAGCGAUACGCACCUGAUCCAACUGCAAAGAAACGGCAGCUGUGGACCGCAAGAAAAUGGUGGAUCUUGCUCGCUAAUACACUGCUAUUUUGUUAUGGAUUGGCAAUCCUUCUCUUUGCAAUAUUGACGUUUUUAAAAUUUUACCAAAGCGCUGAUGUCGUUAUCGUGGGUGAACGCAAGAUUUUAAAUUUGAUCACAGCCACAGGCGCCAUUUGCUUAGCAUCUUCGUUGCUUGGAUACGUCGGUAUCAUGCUCAACAACAGGGCCGUUUUGACCUUUUACAACUUGUUAUUAUGGGUGUGCUUCGGCUUGAUUGCUUCCAUCGGCUAUGUAGCGUAUCGUAAAGCCAAAUGGAAUAUCCAGGGCAAGCUAUCGUAUCAAUGGCACUAUGACCUCACACCUGACGGGAGAGCAAGACUUCAAGCUAAUCUUCAUUGUUGUGGGUACAAAUCAUUCACAGACUUUCACGAGCGAUCCAACAAGUGUUUUCCUCGCACAUUGCUUCCAGGCUGUCGAUACAAAUACCAGCAAUUCACGAUACAAAUGUUAAGAUACACGUGGAUCGUUGCAUUCUCGCUUGUCCCUGGUCAUUUAUUCGUGGUCAUCACUGCCCUUCUUUGUUCGAAUCAUGUCAAUCGUAAAUUUGGAAAGAACUUGCCACCGAAAAUCUAUCGAUUGGAUUAUCAAGGUAUCAUUGCCGGCACACCCACCGGGAGCUCAGUCAAUUUGCACAAUGACGGGUUACAGCAUAGGAGUAGUACUUGA